AUGGAUUCCUACUCUUCUAUACCAAAUAUGAACCAGCAACAACAGCAAGCUGGAUAUAAUAAUAAUUCACUAGGUCUCCCUACAAAUCCUGCAUUAUCUCAAUCGCAGCAGUAUGCAACUAAUUUCACCUCUCAACAUCCUGCUAACCAACGCGCAAUGAAUUCAGGGAUCGUGCAACAAUCACAGCAAUCUGCGAAUUAUGUGGCUACGAAUAAUCAGAACUUACAACAACUUAGAGGGUUAGGUGCUGAAAAUACUUCAAACAUCUCCAAUCCGUACGUUUUUCAAAAUCACCAGUCGUUACCCGUAACAUCCUCGACUCCAAUACCAUCCAUGUCAGCAAUUAAUAACUCUGUUUACGGUAAUCAAGGUAACAUUAAUGGUAUGGGAAUGGAUGUGUUCCGACCUGGCUUUAAUCGAACUUUAGGUCAAAUGACUGUCCUCCGUUCCUCACAUCCUCAAAAACAAAAUAAUGACUCUACUUUAAAAAAACCUGUUCAACAAGCUCCUAAACCUUAUGAACCGGCUCCUGAUCUUACUCCUGUUCAAAAACAGUAUUUGGAUCAAUAUGUUCGUCGUGAUAAUUUAUAUCAAAAAGCUUUAGAUCUUCAACAUAGAAGGCAAAUGUCUAUCAUAACUGAAAAACGUAAAGAAAUAACUCAAGCUGAACAAAGACAUCAAUUUCGUUCUGGUCCAUUUAUCUUUGGUCCCGGAUAUCAAGGUUAUGGAAAUGGUAUUACUGGAACUAAGUUUCGUAUUAUUUAUCCAAAUGAAAGGAAAAGGCCUAAAAGAACAAAAGAGUUUAAAUUAGAUAUCGCGCAAAAAGAAGAUAUAUUGGUUCCGAUAAGAUUAGAAAUUGACGGUGCUGAAGGUUAUAAAUUACGUGAUACUUUUACAUGGAAUAUGAAUG